AUAUUCCAAACACAGCUGUUUGCUCUUCUGGAAAAGUUCGUAUAAUUGAACAAGUUGUAACUACCAUAUGUUCAUGUUUCCAAGGUGUGCAAACUGAUGAUGGCAUUCAGUUACAAAUUUUAAAGGCACUCUUAACUGUAAUCACAAGUUCAGUCGUUGAAAUUCAUGAAGCUGAUAUCCUUCUUGUUGUAAGAACCUGUUAUAACAUUUUUAUGGCAACAAAAAACCCAAUUAAUCAAGCAACAGCACGUGCAACUCUUACACAGAUUAUUAGUGUAUUAUUUCAACGGAUGGAACAAAAUGCAUUUGAAGCAGCGAUUGCAAUUAACGCACAAAUUUCUCCUCAUUCUGAUUCAACUACAGAUGAGUGUAACAAGCUUGAACAGUCGCCUUUGGAAAAUUCAACACAAAUAUCAUUUGAAAAUGAAUCAGAUUCGCAAAAAGUAGGUUAUCCCCCGAUCUAAUUUAUCAGAAAAAUUUUAAGUUUACAUGUGACUUUUGUUUCUGAUAUAGUUGCUGGUUUUCGGCGAAACAUGCACACCAUUAUUCUUUUGAUUUUCAGAUUAGGAUUGAUCUUCAUUCUCCUUAUCGGUCGCUAAAAGGUAGCUAUUGUUGUACCCUAUCCUGUAGUGUUGACCAAAGUUUAAUUCAAUGUAACUGUUGAAAGCAGGACUAAAAUAUUUUAUUUAAGUGGUUUUCAAAAAAGGAUCAGUUUGAGUUUCAUAUCUACUGGUACUAGUCUUUAACAAGGAAUAAGUGCCGACUUCAAAAUAAUAAAAAGGUAUGGACUUAAAUUUCAGAGGAACAAACUUCUUGAUACAUUUCAGUCAUAAAUUCCAACGAGUAUCAAACCUAACUCCAAAGAUUUCCGUUGAAAUGUUUUAAUAUUGAUUGUCGACAGGUUUUUUAUAAAUAGUUAUUUUCCAAUAAGACAUUUACACGGCAUUACCAGUGACACUAGAAGUAGGUAAACAAUAAGUAACAAUAUGAGCUCAAUUUUAACCGAUACAUUGACCAAAAUAAUGCUUCGAGAUUUACAUAUCACUGAUUAACCCACUAGUGAUGUAUGAUUUUUGUUUUUUCUUCGAAUUUUUCUUUUACAUGAUAAAUUUCACCUUUAGAAUUUCUGGUGACUUUCAUUCUCAUAUUAGAUUCAAUGAUGAUCUUUCUGUAUUCACUUGACUAAUCACCCCCAGUUAUGGAAGUUAUUUCAACUCGCUUAUUGUUUUGAUGAAGUUCAUAAAUGUUUCUCUAUGUCCAUAAUUUUCCUUUAGCUACGUUGUAAUUUAGUUAGCAUUAAUUUAAGCGCUAUCAGUCUUUCACAAUUGAUUGGUCACUGGGUGGUGAUAAAUAUCAUGUGUAUCAAGUCCUUCCUAGUGCAGAUCGAAUGCUAUCGACCAAGUUGCAAUGUGGCCACUAGUUCAGGUGACUCGACAUUGCGUGCACUACGUUGAGAUAAGAUGGUGGUUGAAGGUAGUCAACAGGAAUCCCUGGAUCUAUGUUUCGUGCUACUUGGCACUCGUCAGUAAAGUGUGCCUGUAAUCUUGAGGGAACGGGUGCUCCCUGACGGGCUCGAUCCCGUGUCACCCAGCUUCACAAUCAGAGACGUUACCAUUGGGCUAUCCGGACCGCGACCAAGCUCCUGUAGGACUGAGAUAUAUUCACAAUUGAUUGAUCACUGGGUGGUGAUCACUGUCAUUUGUGUCAAGUCCUUCUUAGUGCAGAUCGAAUGCUACAGGUCUUCACACACAUUUUUACCUGUUUCUUUAAAUAAAAGAUAGUGUACAUCACUAACCAGUGUUCCUAGUGUUUAUAGUUUGGUUAUCAGUAGUCAUCUUUCAGUUGUCCAUCACUUAAUGUAAGGGAUUAAAGCGGUAGAAAAUAGUAUUUUUACCGGGUAAACGAGCUUUAAUUUAAGUCACUUUUACAAUCAGGAUCUUAACUUGAUAAAAAGAUGUACUUUACAUUCUUCUUAUCAUACUCAUAUAUCAUCCUAUCAUACUGGCUGUUUUGUACACUGUUUCUCUGAAUGAUCAGUGAUCUUAAUGAUAAUAACCAUUUUUCCAGUGAGUUAAAUAUCGGAUUCAGAAUAUAAACAAUUUCAAACAUAUUGGUGUAUAUCUUCCUUUACUGUAAUGUAGGAUGAAAAUAAUACUGGUGAAAAAUUAUUAAAUGGCGAUGCUCAUAUCAACAGUUGUGAUUCUCCUGAUGCUGACAAUCGCGAUAUACCUUCGAAAGAAGACAAGGAUUCUGAAUCGAAAGUUAAUAAGAUCGUGGAAAACAUUCUAUAUGAAAUAAUCAAAAAAGUCGCAGUAGAUGACGAAGACGAUAGUAAUUCUCUGUCAUCACCUCAUUGUAUACCAAAUUCUGAAUCGCUACCUGAUAUAUGUAAAUCAUCCAUAGAUUCGUCACGUUCUUCAUCCAUUUCAAUUUCAGUAAAUACUAGCCUUAAUCAAGAAUGGUCAAGUGGUAAUGUCACUCCUAGUAUUGUUAGUGCCACUGCUACAACUACCAAUAACAUACAUGAGUCGGAUUUAAGAGAUCCGAAUUCUGCAUUAGUCGCGGAUAAUAAUUGUGAAGUUGUCACUUCAGCGCAUGUUACACAGAAGGAUGCAUUUCUUGUUUUUCGUAGCUUAUGUCGUUUGGCAGUGAAAGAUUUCACGGGUUCAGACUCAAAUGAUCCUAAAUCACAUGCUGUUCGCUCAAAAUCUUUGUCAUUACAAUUAUUACUUAAUUUGUUACAACAACCCGGUCCGUUAUUCUCAACGAGUGAAAUAUUCAUAGCUGCUAUCAAACAGUAUUUAUGUGUAGCUUUAUUUAAAAAUGGUACUUCACCAAUUGUGGAAAUAUUCGAGUUAUCCGUUGCUAUUUUUCUUGCCCUAUUAACAUAUUUCAAACCAUACUUGAAAAGACAAAUCGAAGUAUUCUUCAAAGAUGUCUUAUUACUCAUUUUAGAGUCAUCCAAGUCAUCAUAUGGGCAUAAAUUAAUUGUUAUUGAUGCAUUGAAACGUAUAUGUGGUGAUGCACAAUGCUUAGUUGAUAUUUAUCUAAAUUAUGAUUGUGAUUUAAGUAUGGCGAACAUAUUCGAACGACUAACAACAGAUUUAGCUAAAAUUGCUCAAGGACGUUGUCUAGUCGCUGAACAUGGGAAUAAUACGUCGUCAUCAAUUCAGCAACAACAACAAAUACUACGAUCUAGUGGUUUAGAGUGUUUAGUACUGAUUUUACGUUGUAUGACUGAAUGGUCUCAGGAGCUUUAUGUUAAUCCAGAAUCCCAGUCGUUUUUGGGUUCUGAACCAAUGUUGGCGAAUAGUGGCAGUAAUACUAAUACAGUAGAGAAUGCUGGUGUGGAUGGUAAUCAUAAUAUGACUUCACUAGGCACUGUUAAGCCUUAUGAUGACCCUGAAGCAUUUGAAUCUCGCAAGGCACAAAAAGAAAUUUAUGAAUCUGGAUUAGCAUUGUUCAAUCAAAAUCAACCUCUUCGUUGUUUGCAAUUACUGCAAGAAAAUGGAUUGAUUGGAGAAUCUGUUGAGUCAGUAGCACAGUUUCUCUUAGUUGAAGAUCGUUUGUCAAAAUCACAUAUCGGUAAUUUUCUCGGUGAAAAUGAACCGUACAAUCUACGUGUUAUGUAUGCAUAUGUUGAUCAGUUUGAUUUCACUGACAAGGAUUUUGUUUCUGCUAUAAGGGAAUUUUUAUCGGGCUUUCGAUUACCCGGUGAAGCACAGAAAAUUGAUAGACUUAUGGAAAAGUUUGCUGCACGUUAUUUUGCAUGUAAUCCAAAUAAUAAUGUAUUUGCUUCAGCCGAUACUGCAUACGUUUUGGCUUUCUCAAUAAUCAUGUUGACUACAGAUUUACAUAGUUCUCAGAUUAAACCGCAUAAUCGUAUGAGUAAGGAGGAUUAUAUACGCAUGAAUCGUGGUAUAAAUGAUAGUCAAGAUUUACCAGAAUCCUAUUUAGCUCAAAUUUAUGAUGAAAUUGCUAAUGCUGGUAUAAAAUUGAAAGCUGAUGAUAAUGUUACCAAACUUACAAAAAUUUCUACAUCAACUGAAAUCAGCCCUAAGCUAGAUAACCGACGACAAACAGGAGAUGGUGAGAUUUUAGGAGAUUCUGUAAUGUCUGGUUCAUCUGAAUUCACUUGUGCAACUCAUUGUGAACAUGUUCGUCCAAUGUUCAAACUAGCAUGGACACCGUUUCUGGCCGCAUUCAGUGUUGGAUUACAGGAUUCUGACGCACUAGAUGUGAAUCAUCUGUGCUUAGAAGGUAUUCGAUAUGCCAUACGUAUAGCGUGUAUAUUUCAUAUGGAAUUAGAACGAGAUGCUUAUGUACAAGCACUAGCACGAUUCACACUGCUAUUAACAACAUCACAUGUAAAUCCUACUAUUACGAGUGGAAAUUCAUCAGGUAUAAAUGGAAAUAAUCAUCAAACUGUUAAUACUCGUCGUCCACGAUCUGAGAAGAUUAAUACAAAUGCAUCAUCUACACUUAGCAAUGCUUAUACAAAUGCAUCAGGAUCAAAUACUUCUAAUCCAGCUUCAUCUACUCCAGAAGCGAUGAAACAGAAAAAUAUUGAUACAAUACGUACAUUGAUUACAGUUGCUCAAACGGAUGGUAAUUAUUUAGGACGUGCAUGGUUAGAAAUUCUACGGUGUAUAUCUCAACUGGAAUCAGCACAUUUAAUUACUCAUGCCAUUUCAUCGACAUAUGGAUUAAAUUCUAACAAUCCACAUAUUGUUAACCGUCCAACACAUUCCAAUUCAUAUAACAAUUCUUAUAACCAAAAUAUAAAUGAAUUAUCUAUGGUUACUUCAUUAACAACAGAAAAUGGUUCUAUCAAGUCCAAUAAUUUAGUAGCAUCUAGUCCAACAGUUACAUCUAAUCAUUUUGUAAGUUCUAAUUUGAAUGAACCCGUAGCACCAGGUAGUUUAGCGGCUUCUAUUGUCGACUCUAAAAAAGCUGCUGUUUUACAAGAAGUAAUGGGAGAGACUGGAUCACAGAGUGUGGUAGUUGCUGUUGACAAAAUUUUUACAGGAUCAAUCCGUUUAAAUGGUGAUGCUAUUGUAGAAUUUGUAAAAGCUUUAUGUCAAGUUAGUCAAGAGGAAUUGAAUCUUCCACAAGCAAGGACAUUUUCACUUCAGAAAGUUGUUGAAAUUUCAUAUUAUAACAUGGGUCGUAUUCGAUUACAAUGGUCACGUAUUUGGGAACAUAUUGGUAGUCAUUUCACUACAGCUGGUCGAUCAGUUGAUGAAGAUGUUGCUGAAUUUGUUGUGGAUUCUUUACGUCAAUUAUCAGUAAAAUUAAUAGAAAAAGGUGAAUUACCUAAUUUUCAUUUCCAAAAAGAAUUUCUUCGUCCUUUUGUAAAUAUACUGGAAACUGAACCAAAUGUCAGUCAUAAAGUUCAAGAUAUGAUUGUUCGUUGUGUUUAUCAAUUAGUCCAUUCACAAUAUUCGAAUAUACGUUCUGGAUGGACAAAUAUUUUUGCUGUUCUACACUUAAUAGCAUCGUCUUUAAAUGAAGCAAUAGUUGAUAUGGCAUUUGAAACUUGUCAUUUUACUGUGAAAACUGUUUUCAAAGAACAUUUACGUAUUGUCGUUGAUGCUUUUCAGCCUUUAGUAAAAGCAUUAGCUGAAUUCGCAUGUAAUCCUCGAUUUCCUGACACAGCUAUGGAAAGUAUCCGUUUAAUUCGUAUUUGUGCAUGUACAGUAGCUGAAAACGAAACAGUGUUUAUUGGUCUACAAAAUCCUGAAUUUCCUAUUGUAAAUAAUAAUAACUCGAUGGAAUUACCCAAUUCUGAUUUGAAAUAUGUAUAUUUAUUACCUGAAGAUGAUCAAAUUUGGUUAAGAGGUUGGAUGCCCGUACUAUGUGAAUUAUUUCGUAUAAUAAAUGGUUGUAAAUUAGAUGUACGCACUCGUGGCCUUACUGUGUUUUUCGAUAUAUUAAAAUCACACGGCAAUAAAUUUAAACCAUUGUGGUGGCGUGAAACAUUUGCUGUUAUCUUUCGAGUUUUUCAACAUUUCCGAAUCUCUUCACUAUCAUCAGAAUAUAACAAUACCAUGACAAAUGUUGAUUUGGAAACAGUCGAUCAUCAUAUUUCUUCGGUAAAAACACCUCCGUACUCGAAUGCAUGGAAUGAACAAGCUAUCACGAAUAAUCGGGGUAUUCAUCAUCAGACUCUUUCAAAUAUGGAACGUACUGAAUGGAUGAAUACAACUUGUAAUCAUACGUUAUUUUCUGUUGUGGAUAUAUUCACUCAAUUUUAUGAUGUGUUACAUGAUAUUCUUUUAGAUGAUAUUUACCAACAACUUCGAUGGUGCUGUUUACAAGAAUAUGAACAGUUAGCUCGUUCUGGAACAAGUUGUUUGGAAACCUUAAUUUUAUCUAAUGGUAAACGAUUCAAUGAUAAAAUUUGGGAAUCAACAGUAAAUUUAAUUGUUGAUCUCUUCAAAUCUACAGUACCCCAUCAAUUGCUAACAUGGCGUCCAGAACAAAUGCCAAUUGAGAUCAACGAUCAAACUAUGGCUACAUCAUUUGGAAAUACGAAUCAACAAUCUAUACCUGGCCAUGUUGCCAGAGCACAUUUAUUCGCUGAUCUACUCAAUAAAUGUGUAGUACAAUAUGAAUUAAUACAAACAGUUGAUCAUAUUUUAUUCUAUUCAGCUCAUAGUAGAAAUGAAGAUAUUCACUAUUUACAUGAAGCACGUCGGUUAGCUGUUGCAUCUUAUCCAGCAUUUGAAGUUGCUUUACAAGCGGCUACAUCAUCAAACCAACCAACAUCAUUCAAUUCGUCAUCUUUUCUUACUAAAGAUAGCAGUAGUAAUAAUAAUACAGGAAGUAGAAUAUCAGUAGAUAUCAUUAAUCAUGAUUACUCGAGUACAAACAAAAAUAUAACUAAUCAUAAAGAUGAUCUACACAUUUUAGAUUCUUCUGAGAACCUUAGUGUACUUGAAAAUGAAAAGGCUAGUACUCAAUGCUUUUUUGAAACUAAUCUAAAUAAUACGACUCAGUUAGUCGGAGCUAGUCCGUUACCGUUUGAUUCCCGAGGUAUGUAUCCUCAUUUGUCACCGCAACAACGUUUUACUUUGGCAAAGUGUCUGCUAGAUUCAUAUGCAUUCGCUAAAAAAUUUAAUUCAGAUGAUGAACAACGAAAUAUUCUAUUUCAAGCAGGCUUCAAAGUUAAAGCUAAACCGAAUUUAUUAAAACAAGAAACACAUAGUUUAUUAUGUGCUUUGCGUAUACUAUUUCGUUUAGCUGAAGAAGCAAGUGAUAUACGUGAACAAGCUGAUGAAUUAUUGGACCAUGUAAUAUUGGAUGCUUUUCAUUAUUAUCAUGGUUUAGUUAUUGAUGGACAUCGACAUGCAUGGGAUCCUUGUUUAGUAUUAAUUAUUACACAAUUAAUUCAGUUAUCACUUCAUCAAGAUUUCAUAAACAUGCUACUUGUCUAUAUCCUGGUCUGUGUGAUUUAGUUGCAAUGGCUGGUGGUAUUUCACCCCAAGUUGCUGCUUUAAUGCGUGUUUUUCUGUUACGUUGUGGAACCUUCUUCAUACCUAUGACCAGUGGUGGUGGUGGUAGUAGUAGCAAUAGUUCUACGAAAACGGAAAAUUCUUCAUAAACAGUAUAAAUUUACAUAUGUAUCUUUACGUUUUGAUUAAUUACCAGAUAAUUCAUUUGAAGUAUACUGGAGUGCCAAAGAAAGAAAUAUCUAUAUGGGUAGUGGGAUAUAUAUAUAUAUGUCGGAUUCAAUAAUUUUAUUUAUUCUAUCCAUUUCUCUCAUAUACUUAUCUUUCACAAUUUUCCUAUUAUUUUUCAUUGUUUUCCACUAUUAAAAUCUUAUUAUAGAAAAGCUUAAGAAUGUAUCAUCAUAAUCAUUAUUUUCUUUACUUGUUUGUGCGCGUAUAUGUGUUGUUCUUUCUUCUUUUUCAAAUGAAGAUUUACAUUCCAUAAAAUUUGUGAUAAACGUCGAUUAGUAUUCCUUGUCUUCGUCUUCUCCUUUUUUUUUAAAAAAAAGACAACUAAUUAUUUUAUUUAUUCGAAAUUAUCCAUGAAUUCCACUAGCCUUAACACGUAUCAUUAAUUCUAUUUUAUUUGUCAUUGUUGUCGGAAAAAGAAAAUAAGGAAAAACACAAUUAUUAUGGUCUACAUUAAUAUGAAUUUAUUCAAUAAUCCAGUGCCUUUUGAUAAAAUUAAAGUUUUGUAACUGAACGAUUGACAUUGAUGAUGAUUUGGUGUUAUUGUUUUGUGAUGCUUAUCGUUCAAAUUAAAACAAAUCACUUAUUAUGUUGUGUUUUAUUUUUUGUUUGUUUGUUUAUUUAUUAAGAAAAAACAAAAGAUAAACAAUUAGUGAAUAAUUGUUUCACUGUUUUGUUGAUAUUUAAUGGCAUAACAUAUUGUCUAAAUAAACAAAUGAAAAUACUUUACCCUAUUAUUAUACAUCUUUUAUUCUUUUCAUUGCAUAUCAUUAUGUGUUGUUCAUUGUUAUUUUCUCCAUUAUGAUCAUAAUUAUCAUCACUGUAUGUAAGUAAAUGAAGAACAAUGAUAAAUAUUCUAUUACAUAACUACUGUAGUUGUUCACGUGUUAAAGUUUCUCUUGUAAUUUAAUUAAUUUGUUUCCCUUGUCAAUGGCUGUGCGAUUUCACUAAGAACUAUUCAUCUUUACACUGAUUUUUGUCUUUGUUUUGCGUGCAUUCCCCUCAUUUAUUCACUAACUGGGUUUUGUCUCUCUCAUCAUGUUGUGUUUUCUUUUCUAUUAUGUGAAUAUUGUAUUAUAUUCUUUUCGGAUAACAAUUUCUAAUCUAGAUUUAGACAACAUAGAGCAUUCUUUUCUGGUUCCCUAUCCAUCACUAGUACAAUUAUAUAAUUGUCAUCAGUUCCUUGUAUUCAUGACAGUGAUUGGUGGUUAGCUGAUUACUUAACUAUUGUUAUUGUUAUCGUUUGUAUUGUCACCAAUUUUCUCGUAUUAUUUUCAAAUUUACUGAAACAUAUAACCCUCUUUAUUUGUUUAUUUAUUUUCUCUCAAAUGUUUCUUUGUUUAUUCUCCGGAGAUUUGCUGUGUGAAUAAUUUUGUUCUGUUUGUUUAUUCAUUGUAGGCUAUUCAUUAUUUUAUCGUUUUAGAGCAAUAAAAAGUUACCUAUUAUUAUUGUUAUUAUGAUUAUUACUAUUGUUCUUACCAUAGUGAUGACUGUUCUUUUGAAUAUUAUCUUUUUAAAAUAAUAACAAUAAUCGUCCAGUGUAAACAAAAAGGUCAUUUAUAAAAUUAAAUAAUUUUUCUUAUUAUUAUUUGUUAUUUUUGUACUGUGUAGGUAACAUAUAACUCAUAUCUCCUAAAAGACAACAUCUAGUUUGAAUUGCAUAUUUAUCAAUAGACAAUAUGACUG